UGUUACAUCGCAUGGAGAGCAGCAAGUGCCUGAACAUCCCUGACAUGCCACUGAAGCACAGAACCAGAAAACCUGGACACGGACCGAAAACUCCACAACCUGCUCCUUUAUUCACGCAUUUCUAUCAUCACUGCAUCACUGGUUCUGAACUGAGAAACUGGAGCCACAGCUUUAGGAAAGUCACAGCCAAAUGACUGAAUCUAUUUUUGUGUGAUUUAACUAACUUUGUGGAUUUUGGAUCAAAUCACAUCCUUACUGAAAAGGGUGAAACCUGUGGCAGAAAAAUCCCAACAAGAUAAACUUCAUCUGCAUGGACUUUUGCUUCACUUCAGAAAAGACACCAGCAGCUGGAAUAAAAGAGACACAACUUUUGUCUUCAUGCCAAGGAUCUCUGCGAGGUCUCGGCUGGAACACCAGUGAACUUACAAAGUGUUAGAAGAGAAAGAGAGGGUGAGAGACAGAGAAAAGAGUAGAGAGAGAGAGAGAGAGAGAGAGAGAGAGAGAGAGAGAGAGAGAGAGAGAGAGAGAGAGACGGAUCAUCCGAGGAGAGAGACAGAGAAGGAGGGGAGGAAAAGAAGGGAACCCUAGACACCUGCAGUGAAAUUGCCUACUUCUCGAGGUCAGGCUCGGAUGCAUCCAGCCGGUGUAGGCUGUAGGUGCCUGAAAUGGCCUUUCAUCAGGGGUGUUUGAGUCUCUCUCUCCAGCUCCUCCUGUUGUUUACUGCCAUGUUGCACUACCAGGCUCGGCCUUUCUUUGGCCCACCUACAGUUAAUGUGGCUGUGGUGUUCAGCAGCUCUGGCCACCAAGGGGAAAUAAAGGGACGUCUGAGCCGGGAGAACUUCCUCGACCUGCCGCUGGAUGUGAACCCCAUCACUGUGCUAGUAAAUGAUACAAGCCCUAGUGCGCUGCUUACACGCCUCUGUCAGACGAUGGCUGCUGAGAGCCUCCAUGGUGUAGUGUUUGAGGAUAAUGUUGACUCAGAGGCUGUAGCUCAAAUCUUAGACUUUCUCUCCUCCCAGACUUCAAUACCCAUAGUUGGCAUCAAUGGGGGUUCUGCCCUAGUCAUCCCUCACAAGGCUGACGGUUCGAAUUUCCUCCAGAUGGGAGCUUCCAUUGAGCAGCAGAUCAAUGCUAUGUUCAAAGUAAUGGAGGAAUACAACUGGGGCAGCUUUGUGGUGAUCACCAGCCUUUAUCCAGGCUAUGAAAACUUUGUGGACUAUAUCCGCUCUUUCACAGACUCCAGCUACUUUCUUUGGGAGCUGCAGGAUGUGCUAAGCUUCGAGAUGUCAGUGGGUGCCAAUGACAUCCGCUCACGGCGUCUGCUGCAACAGGUGGACGCUCAGGUGUAUUUGGUGUACUGCUCACACGAGGAGGCUCAGUAUCUGUUCAGGAUAGCAUCUGAUGUCGGACUCUUGGGUCCUGGGUACAUUUGGGUCAUCCCCAGCUUGGCAGUAGGAAACCCAGAGGCUUCACCUCCAGACAGUUUUCCAAUCGGGGUCAUCAGCAUAAUUUCAGAUCACUGGAGAAAAACUCUGCGUCAAAGGGUGAGGGAAGGAGUGGCUGUGGUGGUGCAGGGGGUGUACAGUUUCCACAAACAUAGAGGACUUGUUCCUGAACUGCACAGUCAAUGUAACAGUUCAACAAAAUCCUAUGACCACUAUUCACUUUUUAGACAUAUGCUCAAUGUGACAUGGGAGCACAGAGACUUGUCUUUCAAUGCUCAAGGCUAUCUCACAAAUCCCUCAAUGGUGAUCAUUGCUUUGGACAGAGAGAGACUCUGGGACAAGGUAGGGAGUUAUGAAGCAGGAAUUCUGCACAUGCGGUACCCAGUUUGGCCUCGCUAUGGCAGCUUCUUGGAGCCUGUGUCUGAUAACCGUCACCUGACAGUGGCCACUCUAGAGGAGAGGCCCUUUGUCAUUGUGGAGAGUGUCGAUCCAAGCACAGGGACAUGUGUGAGGAACACCGUGCCCUGUCGUCGCCAGGCUAACAGGACCGAAGUUGGUAUAGGUCAUUCUGAGCCUUACACCAAACUGUGCUGCAAGGGCUUCUGUAUCGACAUUCUCAAGAAGCUCUCGCGCACCAUCAAGUUCUCCUAUGAUCUCUACUUGGUCACCAAUGGUAAACAUGGGAAGUUGGUCCGAGGCAUCUGGAAUGGGAUGAUAGGCGAGGUCUUCUACAAGCGUGCAGAUAUGGCUAUCGGAUCACUCACUAUUAAUGAGGAGCGUUCAGAGAUCAUUGACUUUUCAGUGCCAUUUGUGGAGACUGGGAUUAGUGUCAUGGUAGCUAGAAGCAAUGGCACUGUCUCCCCAUCCGCCUUUUUAGAGCCUUAUAGCCCAGCGGUGUGGGUCAUGAUGUUUGUUAUGUGCCUGACUGUUGUGGCUGUAACAGUCUUCAUCUUUGAGUACUUUAGCCCUGUUGGGUACAACCGUAGCCUAGUCAAUGCCAAAGAGCCCGGGGGUCCCACAUUCACUAUUGGAAAGUCAGUCUGGCUGCUAUGGGGAAUUGUCUUCAAUAACUCUGUCCCUAUAGAAAACCCUAAAGGAACAACCAGCAAGAUUAUGGUGCUAAUUUGGGCCUUCUUUGCUGUCAUCUUUCUAGCCAGUUACACUGCAAAUUUAGCUGCCUUCAUGAUCCAAGAGCAGUAUAUUGACACUGUAUCUGGGCUCAGUGACAAAAAGUUUCAGAAGCCCCAGGAGCAUUACCCCCCUUUUCGCUUCGGCACAGUCCCAAAUGGCAGCACUGAGAGAAACAUUCGCAGCAAUUAUCCAGACAUGCACAGCCACAUGACCAAAUACAACCAAAAAGGAGUGGAAGAGGCGCUCAACAGUCUCAAAACAGGGAAGUUGGAUGCCUUCAUAUAUGAUGCUGCAGUGCUUAAUUACAUGGCUGGCAAGGACGAGGGCUGCAAGCUGGUGACCAUUGGCAGUGGGAAGGUGUUUGCUACAACAGGCUAUGGCAUUGCUCUGCAGAAGGACUCCCGCUGGAAACGCCCCAUAGACCUGGCUCUCCUCCAGUUCCUGGGAGAUGGGGACACACAGAGGCUAGAAACUGUAUGGCUGUCUGGAAUAUGCCAGAAUGAGAAGAAUGAGGUGAUGAGUUCCAAACUGGACAUAGACAACAUGGCAGGCGUCUUCUACAUGCUACUGGUUGCUAUGGGUCUUAGUCUGCUUGUCUUUGCCUGGGAACAUCUGCUUUAUUGGAAAAUCAGACACUGUGUGCACAAAUCUGAACGUCUAGACUUCCUUCUGGCCAUAAGCAGGGGAAUUUACAGCUGCUUUAAUGGUGUUGAAGACAUGGGAAGAUCAGGAAACCUGCAGAAUCUUGACAUCACAGCAAACUAUGCCCAGGCGAACAUGCUUAAAAUGCUUCAGACUGCCAAAGACAUUGUAUCCUCAGCAAAGGUUGAGAAUUCUCUGGACAAGGCAACAAAAACCAUUGAGAACUGGGGUCGGAAAGGUGGAAGCUUGCCUGCCCGUAUUCCACAGGUGACCACCACUGAGACCCUGCCAGCUCAUCUGUCUUACAUUACUAACAUCACAGAAAACCACUCAUCCCUUGGGCAGCGCUCUUUACCACCACAAUUCCCACAACAUUAUACCGAAACUACCAGUCCACCACAUGGAUCUACCCAAAGACUAUUACCACACCCAACUCCGCUACACUACACCGUCCCGUCCCGAACUGGUGGCAUGUAUAAUGGGCUGCUACCAAUAUCUAGCAUUAGCACACCUCAUUUAGCAACAUAUGACAUGCAUCCCCAAAAGUCAGCCAAAAUGCCCCCUCGUGUCAUGUCACAUAAAGAUCUACAGGCACCAGACAUAUUUGCUGAGCAUCAGGAACCUUGCAACACCUUUGUAGGACCCAGAUGGAAAAAGAGAGCCCAAAGUUGUCUUGAGGAGUCUGUGGAUCUUAGAGGAUUACACGAUGACAAAGGCCACAAUGUGUGUCAAGCAGAAGUCCAAGCAAACCAUUUUGCACAUGAUGUACACCCUUCUUCAAUGGAAAGCCCUUAUCAUCCAGGAGAUAUUUCCUGUAAUUCCUGCAUUAAGACGUAUGUUGAUUAUGGGGAUGGCAUGCCUUUAAUAGGAAAGAGAAAAAUCCAUCGCAGGCCCUCAUUCCUUAAAGCCACCUGGGGCCCAGGAAGAGUGCGGUUUCCAAAUGAAAGGCCUUUUGACCCAGACUCAUGUCGAGUUAACAUGCCAGACCUUUUUCCUUUCACAGAAGUUUAUGGAAGAGGGAGAAAUAACAAUUACCACCCUUUGCCUGUGGAACACAUUUACCUUCACUCAUACCGCCGUCAGCCAAGAAAGGGUCAUAAGUUAAGGCAUUCCCAAUCUACCUAUCUGCCCUCUUACAGGGAAGCAGUACAUCAUAAUGCCAUGGGUGUGAGGAGGGCUUCCAGCUUUGUACAUAGACAAUACUCCUACCCUGACCUUCCUGCCUACCAGAGACCACUGCCAUAUGGACCAGCAGAACUGUGCAACAUUUUCCCCUGCAUGGGCCAUCCCAGUGACAGUGGGUAUAGGGGGUAUAGGUCUUCUGUACACUUGCAGGAUGGCCAUCUGCUCCCUGUUCCAGGCAGCAGGGUGCUUUACAGGGUCGGCUCCGCAGGUGUACCUCUGACAUGGGGAAGGAUCUCUAGUCUGGAGUCUGAGGUUUGACCGUUCAAACGUAAUUAUUUAUUUUCCACACAACUAUCUGCAGUGCCAAGCUUUGAAACUGAAUUGCAGAAACCAGUUUGAAAACUAUCUGUGAUUCCUUCCAAAAAGAACUGCACACUGAUAAACUUUGGGCUUUCUUUUAUUCAACAAAGUGCAAUAAUACAGAGAUUGUAAAAGAAUUUUUAAACAAUUAGUGUGAUAUAAAUAGUUCAUAUUAUAUGUAGUGAAGUGUCUUUUUUUUAUUUGAAAUAAAUUUGGCAAUGAUCCAGGUAAUCAGCUAUAACACUUAAUUUUAUAAGCCCUUAAGACAUUCAAAAAUAUUUUCCAGCCCUCACACACACACACACACACACACACACACACACACACACACACACAUGUUCCCUCUCUUCCCACACAUUGUAGGGUGAAUCAAAUGGUAUUCUAUUAUUAGUAUUAUCAAGUACCUCCGAUGCUUUAAUAAAUCACAAAAGCCUAUUUAAUAGAUACCAUAUAAUUUGUGGCUUUUUAAAAAGGGGUAACUAAAAGACUUGUCUGAAUGCUACCUUCUGCAUUCAGUAUUACUUUAUACUUUAGGUAUUGUGAUUAAAAUAUAGUUCUUCAAUGUCCAUUAUUAUGUACCUCGUUAUAUAAGAACCACUAUAAAAAUUUACGUGUUGACCAGUAAAAAAGUUCUCUUCUAAAUGUUUUAGUAAUUUUUGUGUUCACAUGAGAUUUUAUUUUUUACAAUAACUACAAUCAUGUUCACACUCCCAUUCUCAUUUGUACCUGUACUUAAAACAAAUAAAAUGAAAUCUGCAGUUAUAGUUUAUUACAGCUGUAAGUAUUUUUCCUCUGUAUUUUCCUCUGUAGAGCUCUAUUGGUGAUUAACAGUACAGUAUAACAUCCCCAUAUUAGCCUACAUUUUAAAUGUAAAGCCUUCAGUGGUAGAGAAAGGAAGAUGAACAUGGAGAGCUAAAUAAAAAGACCCUUAAAUGUUUCGAACAGAGUAAAAGCCUUCCAUUGUGAAUGCUAAAGGUUAUAAGCAGCU